UAAAACAACUGAGUCAGACCGGAAGUAGUGGCAGAAGAAGAAAGGAAAGCCGCCCCCUGGUGUCUGUUAGCAGCGGCUGAGAUGAGGAGAGAGAAUCAAUGGAGAAGAACUGGACAUAAAACAUCUCUUCAGAGCCACUGAACCAUCACCAGCGGAGGAAGGGUGGAGCUUCCCAGCGGCCAUGAUGGAGGACACAGAGCUGGAGCUUUCCCCCGCCCCCUCUGAUCAGAACAGCCCUUCCCCCUCCCUAUCCAUCUCCUCCUCCCCCUCCCUGUCCCUCCCCUCCACCCCCUCCUCGUCCUGUGGCCCCCCCCAGGCGGUCACCCCCCCUCUGGGUGUGAUCAGUGAGGGAGUGGCGGAGCUCAGCCUGGUGAUCGAUGCGGAGGUGGCUCAGCGGGCGUGUCAGGAGGUGCUGCAGAAGGUGAAGCUGCAGCAGGUGGAGGGUGAUGUCCCCGACGAACAGAACGAAGCGGAGCCUGACCCCCCCGCACCCCCCGUACCCCCCACACCCCCCGCAGCGCUGACUGUGAAACCAAUGAAGAUCCGAGAGGAGCAUGUCGACCCCGACGGCCUGGCGCCCGGCUCGGUGAAGAGCGCACGACGGCGGCAGAGACACAAUCCCUCCAAACAGUCGUGGCUGCUCCGCCUAUUCGAGUCUAAGCUGUUUGACGUUUCCAUGGCGAUCUCCUACCUGCACAACUCCAAGGAGCCUGGGGUCCAGGCCUACAUCGGGAACCGGCUCUUCAGCUUCCCCCACGAGGAGGUGGACUUCUACCUGCCCCAGCUCCUCAACAUGUACAUCCACAUGGACGAGGACGUCGGGGACGCCAUCAAGCCAUAUGUGGUUCACCGCUGCAGACAGAGCAUCUCCUUCAGUCUGACGUGUGCUUGGCUGCUGGGAGCUUACUCCUCUGACAUGCACAUCUCCACCCAGCGUCACUCUCGAGGAACCAAACUGAGGAAACUCAUCCUGUCUGAUGAACUCAAACCUGCAGGGCCGCGAGCUCGCAGGGACCCCCUGACUCUGACGCCUUUCUGUCCCAUUACGUCCCCCACCGCCGGCCCCGGGCCCCUGGGAGGAGACCACGGCCUGUCGCCCUCCAAACGAACACAUCAGCGCUCCAAAUCAGACGCCACAGUCAGCAUCAGCCUGAGCAGCAACCUGAAGAGAACAGCCAGUAACCCGAAGGUGGAGAGCAGCCAGGACGAGCCGGUACGGCUCGCUCCUCAGAGGGAGUUCAUAAAGUCUCUGAUGGGGAUCGGGAAGCGUUUGGCGACGCUGCCGACCAAAGAGCAGAAGACGCAGCGGCUGAUCUCGGAGCUGUCGCUGCUCAACCACAAACUGCCGGCUCGAGUCUGGCUGCCCACCGCCGCCUUCGACCACCACGUGGUCCGAGUGCCGCACACACAGGCCGUGGUGUUAAACUCCAAAGACAAGGCUCCGUACCUGAUCUACGUGGAGGUUCUGGAGUGCGAGAACUUUGAGACGUCCAGCGUUCCGAUCCGGAUCCCAGAGAACCGGAUCAGGAGCACGCGUUCUGUGGAGAACCUGCCGGACUGCGGCAUGACGCCGGAGCAGAGGGCCGGCAGCUUCUCCAUGGUCCCCAACUAUGACAACGACGAUGAGGCGUGGUCUGUGGACGACAUCGGAGAGCUGCAGGUGGAGCUCCCAGAGAUCCACACCAACAGCUGUGACAACAUCAGCCAGUUCUCAGUGGACAGCAUCACCAGCCUGGAGAGUAAAGAGCCUGUGUUCAUCGCUGCCGGAGACAUCAGGCGUCGUCUGUCAGAGCAGCUGGCUCAGGCCCCCACCACCUUUAAACGGGACCCCGAGGACCCGUCGGCCGUGGCCCUGAAGGAGCCCUGGGAGGAGAAGGUCCGGAGGAUCAGAGAAGGAUCUCCUUACGGUCACCUUCCUAACUGGAGACUUCUGUCCGUCAUUGUUAAAUGUGGAGACGACCUGAGACAGGAGCUGCUCGCCUUCCAGGUGCUACAGCAGCUCAAGUCUAUCUGGGAGCAGGAGCGUGUCCCGCUCUGGAUUAAGCCCUAUAAGAUCCUGGUGUUGUCAUCAGACAGCGGGAUGAUCGAGCCCGUGGUCAACGCCGUGUCACUCCAUCAGGUGAAGAAGCAGAGCCAGCUGUCUCUGCUCGACUACUUCCUGCAGGAACACGGAGCGCCGACCACCGAGGCCUUCCUGUCUGCUCAGAGGAACUUCGUCCAGAGCUGCGCCGGAUACAGUCUCAUCUGCUACCUGCUGCAGGUCAAAGACAGACACAACGGGAACAUCCUAUUGGACGCUGAAGGUCACAUCAUCCACAUCGACUUCGGCUUCAUCCUCUCCAGCUCACCCAAAAACCUCGGCUUUGAAACGUCCGCCUUCAAACUCACCACAGAGUUCGUAGAUGUGAUGGGGGGUCCAGACGGAGACAUGUUUAACUACUACAAGAUGCUGAUGCUUCAGGGUCUGAUAGCAGCCAGGAAACACAUGGACCGGGUGCUGCAGAUAGUGGAGAUCAUGCAACAAGGUAUACACACACACACACACACACACACACACACACACACACUCACACUCACACUCCUGACAACACUGUCUGCUUUCUACAUGACUGUCCUGCCCCCCCCCCCAGGUUCUCAGCUGCCCUGUUUCCACGGCUCCAGCACCAUGCGAGGUCUGAAGGAGCGUUUCCACAUGAGUCUGACGGAGGAGCAGCUGCAGCUGCUGAUCGAUCAGCUGGUGGACGGAUCAAUGAGAUCACUCACUACCAAACUGUACGACGGCUUCCAGUACCUCACCAACGGCAUCAUGUGACCAGUCCUGUGUGUGUGUGUGUGUGUGUGUGUGUGUGUGUGUGUGUGUGUGUGUGUGUGUGUGUGUGUGUGUGUGUGUGUGUGUGUGUGUGUGUGUGUGUGUGUGUGCGCGCGCGUGCGUGUGAGAGCAGCAGAACAAAUGCAGACUGUCUACAGACUGAUGAACCUCCAGGUUUUAUAACUCGACUGCAGAGACCAUGAGCCUCCCUCUGUCCGUCGUCUUUAUUUUAUUCUUAUUCCACUUUCUUCUUCGUCAGUUGAAUCUUUUUGUUGUUCGUCUUUUCUGUUUUGAAGAAUUUUCUGUUUGUUUGAUUCGUUUGGUUUCAGCGCUCCUCCUCCUCUUCCUCCUCCUCCUCCUCCUCCUAUUCUUCUUUUUCCAUAUUUGGGCAGAUGUCCCUCAUUGGUCGGACUCUUAACCAAUCAGAGAGCAGCCCAGUUUUAGAUUUAAAUGUGAACACUCAGCAGGUGGACAGUUUUUACAGGUAGAAGGACUGUCGGUCUUCAGACUGCUGCCGCGGCGCCGCAGAGCAGCAGGAAGUGGACCGCAGCCGGUCUGAAUCUGACGGAGGAACAAAAACCACACGGACUCUUUAAAGGACCAUGCCGCUAUUUUUCAUGUUUUAGCCCUUUAACUGCAGAUUGUGUAAACCUGUUAAAUCCCAUUAAAACAAACAGUGUCGACCUGCA